UUAAAUUACGUCGUGGGCGUAGUGGCUCCUUGUAAUGGCGACCGUGCCGUAGAUGCGCCGAGAUGUGUAAAAAUGAAGCGGAGAAGAAGUUAUUUAUAUUGAAGUGAAUACGCCGAGGUUCCUCCGGAGGAGGACUUUGUGUCGACUAGCGUCGCCUUCGAACGUGGUCGAUUGAGCCGUGCUUUUCGAACGCCUGUGCAGCUCCUUCACGAUGAUGAAGCUCAAGUCUAACCAGACCCGGACAUACGACGGGGACGGCUACAAGAAGCGCGCCGCCUGCCUGUGUUUCAGGAGCGAAUCGGAGGAGGAGGUGCUGCUGGUGAGCAGCAGUAGACAUCCCGAUAAGUGGAUCGUUCCUGGAGGGGGUAUGGAACCUGAAGAGGAGCCUAGCGUCGCUGCCACUCGGGAGGUGUGCGAGGAGGCGGGUGUGAAAGGGACGUUGGGUCGGUUAGUUGGCGUGUUCGAGAACCAAGAGAGGAAACACAGAACUUUCGUCUAUGUUCUGAUCGUGACGGAGGUUCUGGAGGACUGGGAGGACUCACUCAACAUUGGGAGGAAAAGGGAAUGGUUUAAAAUAGACGAUGCCAUACAGUUGUUGCGGAGUCACAAGCCAGUGCAGGCCACCUACUUUGAGGCUCUCCAGGAGAGCUGCCUGACCAGCAACGGGACCCCCUUGGCGGCCACGAUAGGUGGGGAACUCUCCUCCACCUACAGCAUCAACCAGAGCUCCGUCUCGGAUAUCAGAUAACUAAAAACCCAAACUGAACACCAACCACAGCGACCCCUACACUCUCCACGUCAGGAGCUUUGGCCACCACUUGCGCUCUUAUGUUUCUUCUUCGUCUUCUUCUUCUUCUUCUUCUACUUCUUCUUCUACUGUCUGCUUUGCCUUGCCAACUCCUCGGCGCCGCCGUGGUGGCACAGACUGGAUGACGACUGUAUGCGGAAACACUUUUUGACCUUUUGUUUUCCUUAUUUACUGAACCUCGUUGCAUGAAAACAAACAAAAAAAAGCUCCCCCACCCUGCGAUGCGCCCUUAGGUUUCAAUUGAAUGAAAAAGAACUACUUUUUACUGUUGUCAUGUAAAAGUGUGUAUCUAUCUCGUACUUAAAACUGAAAAGACUUUUAGUGGCCCUUUUUAAAAGACGUUCCUUCUGUUUUUCUCAUUUUCUGUGCCCCCUGGUCUCUUGUUUCUUUGGAUAUCAUUCAGUUCUUUUUUUUUUUGUCCCCCCCCCCCCCUCUCCCGGGUUUAUUUUAUUUUUUUAUUAUGCUUGUCAGAUCUUAGUUAUAUCCUCUCGGGGACAAGGUGCACAUUCACUCCAAAAAAGAGAGUGGAAAGAAUGUCAACAUGCCUUUACCUCGAGUGUUUGUUUUUUUGUUUUUGUUGGGGUUUUUUUAAACAUGUUUUCUCCUGUGAUCGACUGAAAUGUCUUCCGCCGCACGCCGAGGGUCAAAGUACAAACAUUUCAAAAACCAUGCAGCACAUAUCCUGUUUUCCCUCCUCAUGCUCAGUUUGUUUCAAUUGUUUACAUUACAGGUGACUUUAGUGGGCACGUUUCCUUCCCUUUUUUUUUUCCCUUUCUUUGGGGGUGAACUUUCCUCCUGUUGUAUUGACACAGAUGUCAAUCCAGGAGGCGGAAAUCAGUAUUGCUCCCGACAUUUUUUUUGUAAUCUAACAACGUGCCCUGUAUGAUCUUGCUUGUUUGUUCUUUUACACUGGACACACAGUGCAUACAGAUAGUAGCGAAGGAUCUAUUCGGUGUCCGUGACAUUUGGUGUGCUACAGAUUUCUGCCUACCGUGGGCUUUGUGGGAAAAUUGGGAGGGAUUUAUGUAUUUAAUCUGCAUCCUACCCAGUUUGACAUUGACAGUAAGAGAAGCAGUGGUGCCGUGAUUGGCAGGCUGCAGCGCAAACAAGCCUUGUACAGUGUGAAACUUUGUUUUUCACAUGUCAAAUGAUUUUUAGAUACUAGUUUAUUUCCGUUUCCUUCUCUCUAAACGUCUGGCAAGAGUCUCUUUAGCCGCGCCACGAAAGCCGCCGGCUCCAAACUGUGAAACUGGAGGCGCUGUUGUAGAUAAAGCACGUAAGAAGUUUUUUUGUUUUUUUUAAUUGUAAAUUGUUUAUUUCUGUAUAGAUUAACGGCGAGCCUACCGAGGCGUCGUUUCAACUGAGAAUGGGAAGACAAGAAGUGCCAGUUAGUCGUCCGCGUGACGUUGAAUGAAUGAUGAGGCUGAGAUUGAAGAUAGAUUAUGCGCCAUAUCCUUCAUUGUGACCAGUGACUCUGAACAGGCUAAGCAGUAGAAAAUGGAGGGAUAUUACAACCCCAAAGUCCACUACUGACUUUUCCCAUGAGUUUUUCUGUCACUGGGUCUCCACCCUGUGUUUUGGUGUUUUUUUUUUUUAAAUCAUUGUUUGGUUUUGAUUGACCGGACGAGCUGUUGAACCAGUUCUUAGCAUUUUUAUCAUCCUUUCAGCCUGCAACCUUUAUGAUCACCAGCCAGUCACGAUGCAGAAGUCGACCCGCACAUUUUUCAGCCUCUGAGGCAGCAUCAUGCGCAUGACGAUGGUGCUGUUUAAGGGGAGGGCAGAAAGAGUACAAAAGGUGCUGAUAUGCACUAAAAUGCAAUCAUUGUUCAGUUUCUGGGGUAGGUUCAGAUGCAUCGUGGUGGUUGUGGUGAAGUGGAGAGCGGAAAGGCUACGUGAAAGGUGCUGACAUGGAAGUCGGCCCACUGUUUUUUCGGCUUCCAGGGUAGUAAAUGGAAUAUGGCAGCAAGAUGUAUCGCUAUUGUGCGAAAGUUGGUGUCACAGACUGAGGUAUUGAAGUCAUCCUGCUGAUUUUCAGCUUUGUGGUGGGGGUGAAAUAGCGGAAAACAUGUUGCUGUUGGAUGAGUUGCAAAAUUGCAGCUGUGAGAAAGAGGACCUGCCUGUGGCUGUUAUGUGUCAUCGUUCCCGAUGUGGAAUGUGGCGCUGAAUCCGCUUGUGUAUUUUCAGGAACCUGUUCCUAUUAUGCUGGGCGCAGACCGAAUGUGUAAUAUCACUUGGCCCCACGUGUCGCUUGUGUGUUCGAAAAGUGUGGCUGGUGCUUUGCUAAAACUUUGGUUAAUGCUAAAUGCGAUCCGAGUUCAUAAUUCAAGAGCUGCAAACAAGUCAAUAUAAGUCAAUAUAUCACCAGAUGAGCCAACUUCCUGGUUGUGUUUUAAUGUGCACAAACACAGCAAUGAUGAUAUUGUCCUACAUUUUUUCAUGUGUUGAUGUCUCGUAUUAAGUACAUUCUCAAUGCUGAUUUGCUGGUCACAACGUGAUUUCAAGUUUUCAAACGCCAGUGGAUGAGCGAAUAAACAUACCCCCCCCCCACACACACACACACACUCACACACUCAAAUCGUAUCAAGCACGUCAUCGAAAUUGCCCAACCACAGAUUUGCACUUGUGUGUAAAACUUACUUCUUGGGUGCUAAUAGAUGCAUCGUUCAACACUUGAGCGCUUCGGGUUCAACUAUAUGUCACUUAUACAUUACUCCCAUUGUGACAGCUAAUGAUUAUUUUCGUAGAAGAUCCCCAAGAUGCAACCACAAUGGGUUCUGAGAGACUGUUCAAAGCUGGAUUGUUCAUAAGUUAAGACACAUUAAAUUUCAAUAAAUAAUUGCUGUUUUAGGUAAUGAAAAAUACUGUAAUGGUGGUGCAGACGAUAAGAAGAACAGGAGGCGUGUCGCGAAUUAAUAUACAACUUUACUUUUCACUCUCUCCAAAACAGGAAGUCAACUGAAAGUCCGCCACACACAAACAAACAACUCGUCCACAACACAGCCCACAAUUUGAAAGCAAACAAUAACACUGAAAGAUCAAUCGAUUAUCAGAGCACUUUUCAGAUUAGAUUAAUUUAUGAUCAAUUAAUUCUAACCAUUCUACUUUACUGGAUAUGUAAACAUGCCGUGAGAAACGCUCAACUCGUGUUCCGUCUGACUGUAACAUUAGAAGAGGGAUGGCAGCUGUGAAACCAGGCAUAGUAGAAAUGUGCAUCACUGCUGUGUGGACAUCCCAUGAGGAAAAAUUGAUACAAGUGGCAACCCACCAAGUCUCAGAUAAAAUCUGAGGUAUUCUGUGGGGUGUGUCAGCAGAAAAAUGUCAAUUUUCUUUGCGAAAAGAGCCGAUGCGGAACGGGGCGCUGAAGACGGCGUGCCAAUUUCCCAGUUUCUAAAGUCAUGUCAGAAAGCAGAAUGGUAUCUGUGUGAAAGUGGACCGCAGAAAACUGGGACCAGGGUAUGAAAGAUGUUUCAAAGGCCGUUGACGGGAACCCUUCAUGUGAAACCAUACGAACAAUCUGAAAACCAACUGACACAGCUGGCUUCUGUCAGGACUCUGUGACUAGAAUGACUGAAUUUACUAGACUUCCUCCAUCUCCAUCGAGAAUAGUUGUGAGAGGAGUCUCAUUUAUUACCGCCUAAUCUGAAAGGUGCGGUGGCCAAAGUCUUAAGUUUACGACGCCCCUCUCCAGCCUGUCCUCAGUGUUUCAUCCGAAUGUGCAAUUAAGUCGCUGAGGGCAAUGACCUUAGGCACACCCUGCUGGGAAGAAUGAGUUUAAGUCUUUUGAGGUUUGAUACUGACUGGUGUCACAAGGCUACUUGAACAUUCAUACCCGCUGAUGCAUACGUUGUUCUUAAAACAGUCCUGUUGUUGACAUGCUAAUAUUUUCUAAAUUGCUAGCAUAACACAUGAUCAACAAAGGUUCGUCAGCUUUUCAAUGAAAGUUACUCCUUUAGUCAAAAUGAACAGGUGGUUUUGAAGUGGCACCAAAUGGUCUUUCUAUCAAAGGAUGAUUUCAUCUGAAAUGUAUUACAGUACUACUUUAAGGUGUCAAGAUUUACCAAAGGUGAUACUGCAGUUGUGUAGUAAUUGGCUCCAUCUUGUGGCCAAAUGGCUUCAAUAUUACAGUAGACGAUUGUACCCAUUUUCCUGCUGAUCCAAAACAUACUGAGAGCUUAUAAGAAAUUUGGUUCCCAACGUUAAAGUACUUCCUUCUUUUCAGCCAACAACCGUCAGCCGACGAGUUAUAUCCCCGUACUUUUGUGUUUAACGUGUCACUGGAGUUCUGUCACCCCUCGACCCCUCUCGUUGGGGACUGUAGAAUAAAACCAGUGCAAGAAGACUGAAGAUUGUAAUAUAAAUGUGCCAACAAUAAAACACCAGUAUUUCA